GCCCUCGGUUCGCGAGUCUUCUCCCCAGCAUCAUCCAUCCCCUCCCCUCCCCAAGUCAGUCAUAAACCCAAGUCGGACUCGCCUUCCUCCUCCUCCCCAACCACUCCGCUCUUCCGCCGCGCAUCGCACCGGGGGGUCACCUGAGAUCACAUACACAAUGGUGAAGGCUGUAGCUGUGCUUACCGGCAGCGAGGGUGUCAAGGGCACCAUCUUCUUCACCCAGGAGGGAGAUGGCCCAACCACCGUGACGGGAAGUGUCACCGGACUCAAGGAAGGGCUUCACGGCUUCCAUGUGCACGCUCUUGGUGACACCACCAACGGCUGCAUGUCAACUGGACCGCACUUCAACCCCGCUGGUCAUGUGCAUGGGGCACCCGAAGAUGAAAUCCGCCAUGCUGGUGACCUCGGAAAUGUGACAGCUGGAGCGGAUGGUGUUGCUAACAUCAAUGUUACUGACUGCCAUAUCCCCCUUGCUGGACCACAUUCAAUCAUUGGCCGUGCUGUUGUCGUCCAUGGUGAUGCUGAUGAUCUUGGCAAGGGUGGACAUGAGCUUAGCAAGAGCACUGGAAACGCUGGGGCGCGCGUUGCUUGCGGGAUCAUCGGGCUCCAGGGCUAAGAUGCCGUCUUCGCAGGCUGAUGAAGGCCGUACAGAUCUUGGCACUUGAAGGACACCGACUUGCAAUUGCUAUCUAUUUUAAAUAAGCACACCAUCUAUGAUCGCUUUUUAGUGUGCAUCAUUUGUGUCGAUUCCUAUGUGAACUUUCAUAUCACUGUCAUUUGGCUUUUUGAGUUGCGUGACUGGAACAGUUCAGUUCUGUCAAGUGCUUGUGGAUGUGCUGUUGUUCUUAAUGCCGUUACCAGCUCUGGGCAUAUUCAGCGAACGAGAGAGAUUUCAGGUUUCAUUA